AGGUCUAACUGGGACUGUACUUUCGUCUAUGACAGUGUUAAUUUUUUUCUUCUCAACCUACGACAGUGUUAAUUAAGUUGGUCUUUCUGUACUUGGGUCUGGUCUUUCCAAGACGGAAAAGGUUUUCUCUUUAGAAAGUUCUCUCACAUUUCUAGUAUCUAGGUGUUUGUUUAUAUGAGAUUUAGAGGAUGGUUCUAGACUUCUAGACUAGAGCACCAUUAACGGGAGUGCUUAAUAAGGUGCUUAAUGAAUUUUUGAUUUAAAAAAAAAUGAAAAAGAACUAAUAAGAGAAGCAGCGGUGCUUAAUUAGGCGUCAGAAGAAGAGUUGCUUAGUGGACACAUGCUUAUUCUUUCUUCCUCCUCUCCGAGUUCUUCUUCCUCGUUCGAAACGGAGAUGGCGUUUCGACCUUCUCGGCUUCUGCAAACAUCAUCCAUGGCUGCUGCUCCUCACACAUUCCUCUCCUUCUCAUCGCCUCCGCGCCUCCUCACUUCUCCUUCAUCCACUUUCCCCCGUUCCUCAUUCGGCGGCGUCUCCCUCAACCUCCACCAUCGCCAAUCUGUGAAAACCAAUAACCCAGUCAAGAAUAUUCACAACAUGGUAAUGUCACUGAACUUCUCUGCUAUCGAAGUGAAGACAAUCAAUUCAGUUGAGUCUUGGGAAGAUGGUGUCCUCGUGGCUGUUUCAGGAUCUGUGAAAACAAAGGAGUUCAGCAACAUGUGUGGUUAAGAGCUUGGAGAGACGUUACUGAAUCUGUCACGUGCUUGGGGAGAACUCGCAGAUUGCUAAAGCGAUGAUUACAACUGAAGAGGUCUUAUCUGAAAAUACAUCACUAGCCUCAGUCGGUAAUGAAUCCAAGUCAAAUACGAGGAUGUUUAAGGUAAUGCUUGAUAACUAAUAUGAUUUCUCCUCUACGUUCACUGAAGCUACUUUUUACAGAUGAUUUUUUUUUUCUGUUUGAAACCUCAUAUUGCUUGCUACUGAGUUUGAUAGUAUCAAUUGGUCUGAUCAGAAUAUACACUUGUUAGAAUUUGCGAAUAGGUGAUAGAUGUUAUUACCUCUAAAACGAGAAAUCAUGCUCCUCCCUGAUUCUUAUAUACUCAACUAAACUCUUGUAAGGUUGAUGUUAGUGUUGGAUUUGGGAUGUAAAGCAUUUGUAUACUGAUGUGAUUUGCAAUGUUUAAAUUCUUUUAAGAACCCCUAAAUAAGAAACUUGCAUUGGAGUGAAAAACAAAUGUGUCUCUUAAAUAAAGUUUUUAACACAUAUUUAUUACUAAAAAAAUGAAUAAGAGCUCCAUAAGGGUGCUAGGGAUA